CAAGAGUUGCUCUAAAGAGAACAAGCUAGAGAUGGAAAAAGAGUGACUGAUACUUUUUCUCUCAAAUAAAAGAAAGAAAAUAAUGCCUGAUACGUACUUCAUCUGUUUCAAAAUAGAUGACUCAACUUUAUACUAGUAUAAAGUCUUUAUACUAGUAAUAGAUGAUUCAACUUUGUACUAACUUUAUACUAGUAUAAAGACUUUAUGUUAGUAUAAAGUUGAGUCAUCUAUUUUAAAACGGAGGGAGUACUAGGUUGCUUUCGUGCUAAUUACCACCGCUGCCGAAAGUAGCACUGUUAGGAGUGAUACCGACUUCUGCAUGUAGUGGAAUUAGCAGAGCAGCAAGGAUGGACGGUUGCACGUGUCUCCCGGACGUAGCUGUGGCCCAGUGUUCCAUGUAUGUAGUAUAAGUAACCAAGGGCUGCAUUUCUUUAUGCCCGACGUAGCAUGGCGAGCAGCAGCACGGCCAAGCCCAUGGAAGCCCUCCCUUCCGGUUCCGGGAGCAUCCUCUCCAAUGUGGUCACCGUCCUGCUGCUCCUCUCCUUGGGCUUCGUCUUCGGCAUGGUGUACAACGCCAACUUCCAGGAAUCCUACCUCACGCCCUUCCUGCAGCCGCUGCCUUCUCUCCUACGGCCAUCGCCGACUCCGGUGGUAGCGUCCGGCGUCGGGCCACCGUCGCCCUCUCCCACGUCGUCGUCGCAGUCCCCGCCGGCGCGAAUGGGGUUCGUCGACUUCCUCGCGCCGAGCGGCGGCGGCCUCACGCACAACAUGACCGAUGAGGAGCUCUUCUGGAGGGCGUCCAUGGUGCCCAGGGUCGCUCGCGCGCCGCGACGCAUCGUGCCCAAGGUGGCCUUCCUGUUCCUGGUGACCGGGGACAUGCCGCUGCGGCCGUUGUGGGAGAAGUUCUUCGCCGGGCACGAGGGGCUCUACUCCAUCUACGUCCACGCCAGUCCCGCCUACACCGGCUCGCCGCCGGCCGACUCCGUCUUCUACGGCCGUAUGAUCCCGAGCCAGAACACGAGCUGGGGCAACAUGAACCUGGUCGACGCCGAGCGACGGCUGCUGGGGACGGCGCUGCUGGACCUCGGUAACGCGCGGUUCGCUCUGCUAUCGGAGACGUGCAUCCCUCUCCUCUCCUUCCCGGCCGCCUACGCCUUCCUCAUCGGCGCCAACGCCAGCUUCAUUGACAGCUUCCCCACCCGCGCGCGGCACGCGCCCUUUUUCCUCCGCCGCAACAUAAGCCGCGCGCAGUGGCGCAAGGGGUCGCAGUGGUUCGAGAUGGAUCGGGAGCUCGCCAUUGACGUCGUCGCCGAGGAGCGGUACAUGGCCGUGUUCCGCGGCGACCACGGCAUCGCCAACAUGUUGGAGCACUACAUGCCGACGCUGGUGACCCUGCUGGGCUGGGGCGUGCGGGCUGCCAACCGGACCCUCACGUACACCGACUGGCCGAGACCGGGCCCGCACCCGGCGAGCUACGACGUGAGGGAUGUCACGCCGGAGCUGCUGGGGGGGAUGAGGCGAGGGAACGGGGAGUGCGGCUACGGCGCCGGCGGGGCGGUUGAGUUCUGCUUCAUGUUCGCGCGCAAGUUCUCCGGGGACGCGCUCGGCAAGCUGCUUGAGCUCGCUCCUAAGGUCAUGGGGUUUGGUUGAAAUUUUGUAUGUAUAAUAGCCGCUAGUUCGUGUGUGCUUUUUUCACAAAAGAAAAGGUUGUAUUUGAAUUUUUUUACAGAAGGCCAUGGCGGUUUAUUGAUUAUGAUGCUAGGAAAAAUGAUUGAAAUUAUUAUUGAUCAAACUUAUGCAUUAUUUUA